AUGCUCUUUCCGUGCUGCAUCUUCCUCAAUGCUCUAGUUCUAUGGAUCUUCGGCGGGACGAGAAUCUCGUUUGUGGAAAGUUUUACCCGGUCUUUCCACUUCUCUAGUCUGGUGCAGCGUCCCACAGCAGGUCCAAUAUCCACAGUGCGCCUCUUUGCCGCCAAUAAUGACAAGAAGGAGCGAGUCGCCAUUGUGGGAGGUGGAAUCAGUGGAACUGUCGUGGGUCACGUGUUGCAGCAAUCGGGUCGCUACCAUGUCACUCUGUUGGAAUCCAGUGACAAGUUGGGAGGUCACAUUCGCACUAUUUCCGACCCCGAGAACAACAACAACAACAACAACAACAACAACAACAACAACAACAACAACAACAACAAGCUGCUCAAUGUGGGCCAUGCCACGCACAUGGGCAUGUUUGUCAAUCUUCGAUUGAUGAUCCAACACUUUGGGCUGGCGGAAUGGCCCGUGGGAAACGGUCCCAACGAACAGCCUGGGCUCUUUCGCAUGUUGAGCACUGCCAUUCCCAACAAUAACAAUCCACGAAACCAGCAGCCAAUGAUGGGAAAGAGGGUACAGCCCAGCUUGCAACAUGACAUUUUGAAUCCUCUCAUGUGGUGGGAAGCUUUUUGGUUUUACUUGGCGUCCUACCAAGCGCCACAAGUCUCCCUGGAAGAUUACCUCUUGUCAUCUUCCUACUCGAACCAGUUUCUCAAUAUCUUGUACUGGGCCAUGGCAACCUUUGAAUUUGACAAGACCCAACAAGAUGCCAAGCGAUACACACUGGGAACGGCCCGGGCAUUGCUCAUUACCCAAGUCUUUUUCCAGUUUCUCUUGUGCGAUGCCUUUCAGGGAUCCUUGCCUCAAAAGAUUGACAGCGGGUUGCAACAGGAUUUGGCACUGCGGAUCGAGCAGCAGCAGCAUGGCGCUCACAACAAUGUACAAGAACUACAACAAUGCUUUUACAACUUGACCACCAAUGCUCCGUUGGCAUCGUAUUUUACCACGGACUACAAUGCUCUGAUGGAGCGAUUGGCAAACGGCAUUGGUAGUGUGCAGACCAAUGCCACCGUGACGUGCAUUGGCAAAAGAAAACGUGGUGGUCCCAAUGACACCCUGACCAUCAAAAUGACAAACAACAACGAGUUCUUGGAGGUGGAUCAUGUCGUUCUCACAACUCAUCCAGCCAUUGCCGCCAAGAUGUUGAACCCUGCCGAUUUUGAUCGGCAUCAUGCAGCUUUGCACGCCAUGUCCAUGCCACAAGCAACAGGGGCAGUGGGAGUACACAUUAUUCAAGCGCAACACUUGCCGUUUCGGUAUCCACCGCCCAAGGAACUAGAAACAGUUCCCUAUUCUUCCUCCUCGCCACCUGGAAUUCUAGGCAUCUUUGACAUCUCUCAGUUGACGAGAGAUGCUGAUACGGGAGAAUCGGCAGCAGAUGACUUGCCACCAGCCAGCGAAAACGAUUGUGGCGGUUGGUUGUCCGUGGCCUACCCUGUAUCAGCGCACAAUACUAAUACUAGUACGAAGAAUGCCAACCCGCAUGAAGAGUGGCUGGAUUCCAUUCCGUCGACGGAUUCAAGAAUCUAUCCUUGGACCAAGGCAACUCCAUCCUUUUUCCAGCUACAACAAGAGUUGAAACAAUUGCAAGGAACACAUGGGGUACACGUUAUUGGACAAGCCUUUACGGGCGUCAACAAGGCCUCGGAACUCCAAGUGACCAAUGCCUUGCGGCUUUGUCAUGGUCAUUUUGGAGUAACCGAACCGCCGUGGCGAUACUCGUUUUUGUACCCCAUGUUGCCCGACUGCAACGAUGCCGAUGCUUCGUACCAGGCCAAAUCGUUGGUGGAAGCCGUGCAACUAGCAUUCAAGAGUUUGGUGGGGUCCUUUCUCUUGACGGCGGCUGUUCAGAAACUAGGGACCGAGUUCUUUGAUGAAUAA